CGAGAAUCUCACUCUAAACAUAAAAGCAGGUACGAGAAAAUGGUGGAACUUUCGGAUUUUCAGCGUCAGGAGAAAGUGGGAGAAGGAACAUACGGUGUGGUUUACAAGGCCUUGGAUACCCGAUACAACAAUCGUGUAGUUGCGCUCAAGAAAAUCCGCUUGGAGUCUGAGGAUGAGGGGGUGCCAUCGACUGCCAUCAGAGAAAUCUCCUUGUUGAAGGAGAUGAGGGACGACAAUAUUGUGCGUCUUUACGAUAUCAUCCACUCGGACUCGCAUAAGUUGUACCUAGUCUUCGAGUUCUUGGACUUAGACUUGAAGAAAUAUAUGGAAUCCAUACCACAGGGUGUUGGGUUGGAGCCUUCAAUGGUGAAAAGAUUCAUGCACCAGUUGGUGAAGGGCAUCAAAUACUGCCACUCACACAGAGUGUUGCACAGAGAUUUGAAGCCCCAAAACGUGUUGAUUGACAAGGAGGGAAACUUGAAGUUGGCGGAUUUCGGCUUGGCCAGAGCCUAUGGUGUUCCCUUGCGUGCAUACACGCACGAAGUGGUUACUUUGUGGUACCGGGCUCCCGAAAUUCUUUUGGGGGGCAAACAAUACUCCACAGGCGUGGAUAUGUGGUCAGUGGGGUGUAUUUUUGCUGAGAUGUGCAACCGCAAGCCGUUGUUCCCCGGAGAUUCUGAGAUUGACGAGAUUUUCCGGAUCUUCCGAAUUCUCGGAACGCCCAACGAGGAGAUCUGGCCCGACGUUAGCUUCUUGCCCGACUUCAAGAAAACAUGGCCCAAAUGGGAAAAGAAGGACUUGGCCAAGAGCGUGCCUACUUUAGACCUAGACGGCGUGAACUUGAUGCAGCAGAUGUUGAAUUACAACCCAAGCAAUAGAAUCAGUGCCAAGAGAGCGUUGAUCCACCCAUACUUCCAGGAGGACACCGAGGAGAACUACGACAACUACCUGAGGUCGGUCACCAUGGGGUAGAGUAUUAUUGGGUGGUGUGACGAGGGGGUAUUGCCGCCGAAUAUGUUCAUUAGUCGUAUUUUUGCAUCCACUUGAUAUCCCAUGUAUAGUGUGUCCAGUGCCAGCUGAGGGCAAGCCAGAAUGCGAGCAAAAGCACAAAUAGCGCCAGCAUUUCCUUCGCAUAUUUAGGCAUCAUGUUGGGGCCGACCGGGGCCUUAUCGAAUUGAAUAGAGUGUAUUUGUGUUGUUUCGUCCAUCUGGGUGCUGAGGGUGCCCGAGUGCGGUGAUGCGCUUUGUGAAGCUACUGGGUGUUUUGACACACCAUGGCAAUGCAUGAUAGGGGCUGCCUUUCCUCUAUCGUUUUCCUCUGAGUC